AUGGGAGUUCAGGCAGAUCGAAGACCUCCUGGGGGUCUGGAUGGCCUCUAUGGGGUACAGCUUGCGGGUCGGUCACCAUACAGUGAUGAUGAAGCUAUCAAAACAAGCAUUAUGGAUUCGUCAGCUAUGGAGCAGCAGGGGGGUGUUGGCAUGACUCGAAGUUUGAAGAUCAAGCAACUCUGGAGACAGAGACCCCCAUGCCUGAAGCCUAUUCACUGUAGUCUCUCAUGUGAUAAAAAUGUAGCUGAAACUGUUGCUAAUGUCGUCACAUCACUUCCUUUCAUCUUUCUUGGACUGCAGACACCAAGAAAGACCUUGAAUACUACACUUUAUGCUAACUCACUAAUUGGAGUUGGAGUCGCAUCUAGCUUGUAUCAUACUUCACGAGGAGAAAUCAGAAAAUACAUGCGGUGGGCAGACUACACAAUGAUCGCCACUACAACACUGUGCCUAACAAGAGCGCUUCGGGAUGAACAUCCAAGAUUACUAAUGGCGGCAUCAACGUUGCUCCUACCAUUCCAGCCCUUGAUGGUCACAGCCCUCCACACUGGGAUGAUGGAGGUUUCAUUUGCGAAACGAGCAUCCACAGAGCCAGAGCUCAAGACGGCACAUAACCUGCACAGGAUGUCGUCUCUGCUGGGUGGUGCGCUGUUCAUCGCCGAUGAUGUCUUCCCGCAGACCCCCUACAUCCAUGCUGCAUGGCAUCUAGCUGCAGCGUUAGGCGUCUGCACAUGCAACAAGCUUCUUGAAUGA